AGUUGCUGAGGUUCCGGGCUCUGAGGCCGUUGGGGAGGUUUCCAUCCCCUUGGUUUUUGACCCUCUGCGCUUGCCUGCUCUGCCUCUGCCUCCACCCCAGCCUAGCGCUGGCCCUGCUCCUCUCGCAGGAAGGUGGCGGCCUGCUGCCCCAUGGGCAGCGGUGCCCAGAUGAACCCCAGCGCCCCAGGCUGCCCCAUGGCCUCGCUCUACGUGGGGGACCUGCAUCCGGAUGUGACUGAGGCGAUGCUUUAUGAGAAGUUCAGCGCGGCCGGGCCCAUCCUUUCCAUCCGGGUGUACAGGGACGUGAUCACCCGCCGCUCCCUGGGCUACGCUUCCGUGAACUUCGAGCAGCCUGCUGACGCAGAGCGCGCCUUGGACACCAUGAAUUUUGAUGUCAUCAAGGGCAAGCCGGUCCGCAUCAUGUGGUCUCAGCGUGAUCCAUCACUACGCAGAAGUGGAGUAGGCAACGUGUUCAUUAAAAACUUGAACAAAACCAUUAAUAAUAAAGCGCUGUAUGAUACAUUUUCUGCUUUCGGCAACAUCCUUUCCUGCAAGGUAGUUUGCGACGAGAACGGGUCCAAGGGCCAUGGGUUUGUACAUUUCGAAACAGAGGAGGCCGCAGAAAGAGCCAUUGAGAAAAUGAACGGGAUGCUUCUGAAUGAUCGCAAAGUUUUUGUUGGACGGUUUAAGUCUCGGAAAGAACGAGAAACAGAGCUUGGAGCGAGGACGAAGGCGUUCACCAACGUUUACAUCAAGAACUUUGGGGACCACAUGGAUGAUGAGACCCUGAAUGACCUCUUCGGUAGGUUUGGACAGGUCUUAAGUGUGAAAGUCAUGACCGAUGAAGGUGGAAAAUCCAAAGGAUUCGGGUUUGUCAGCUUUGAGAGGCACGAAGAUGCACAGAAAGCGGUGGAUGAGAUGAAUGGAAAAGAGCUCAAUGGAAAACACAUUUAUGUUGGUCGAGCUCAGAAAAAAGUGGACCGGCACACAGAACUUAAGGGCAAAUUUGAACAGAUGACACAAGACAGGAGCAUCAGAUACCACGGUAUUAAUCUUUAUGUGAAAAAUCUUGACGAUGGUAUCGAUGAUGAGCGUCUGCAGAAAGAAUUUUCUCCGUUUGGAACGAUCACCAGUACAAAGGUUAUGAUGGAGGGUGGUCGCAGUAAAGGGUUCGGUUUUGUGUGUUUCUCCUCCCCUGAAGAAGCCACCAAAGCAGUUUCUGAAAUGAACGGUAGAAUUGUGGCUAGGAAGCCACUGUAUGUAGCUUUAGCCCAGCGCAAAGAAGAGCGCCAAGCUCACCUCACUAACCAGUAUAUGCAGAGAAUGGCAAGUGUACGAGCUGUGCCCAACCCUGUGAUGAACCCCUACCAACCCACACCUUCAGGUUACUCCGUGGCCGCUGUCCGGCAGACUCAGAACUGUGCGCCAUGCUGCCCUAGCCAGAUUACUCAACCAAGGCCAAGUACUCGCUGGACUGCUCCGGGUGCCAGGCCUCAUCCAUUUCCAAAUGUGUCUGGUGCUAUCCACCCAGCUGCUCCUAGAUCAUCAUUUAGUACUGUAAGACCAGGUCCUUCACACGCUCCUCAAGCCGUGUCCGCACACCGCAUUACUAACACAUCAGCACAGACAACGGGUCAAUGUCCUGCCGCCGCAGCUUCUGUAGCAACUACUCCUGUUCGCUCGGUUCCACAGUACAAAUACACCUCGGGAGUUCAGAACCCCCAGCAACAUCUUAAUGCACAGCUAGUGCAGCAGCCUGCUGUUCGGGUGCAGGAUCAGGAACCAUGGACUGCUUCCAUGCUGGUAACUACUCCCCAAGAGCAAAAGCAAAUGCUGCGCGAAAGGCUGUUCCCUCUCAUUCAAGCCAUGCACCCGACUCUGGCUGGGAAGAUCACCGGCAUGUUGCUGGAGAUUGAUAACUCAGAACCACUUCACAUGCUUGAGUCUCCGGAGUUUCUGCGCUCCAAGGCUGAUGAAGCCGUGGCCUUACUCCAAGCCCACCAAGCUACAGAGGCUGUCCAGAAGGCUGUUAGCAGUGCGUCUGGUGUCCCGACUAUUUAAACUCAUCAGAGACAUUGAAAAGGAAACUCACACUUUGCAGAAGAAAAAUAUCUAAACAUUGAAAAAAAAAACCCGUAAAUAUUAUAAAAAAAAUGGUAAAAAUAUAAAAUAAAUAAAAAAGGAAAGGAAACUUUGAAGUCUAUGUACCGAGCAAAUGUCAGGUCUAGUGUUAGGCCUCGACUGAUUUAAAAUCUGCACCACAAUCCCCCAGAAAUAGUAUAAUCUAUAAACCCAUGUUUUGUGGACCCCAGGAAAAGCAUUUUUCAGCAGAGUAGAAACAUUUAAAGCAUUCCUUUAAUUUUGUAAUUCUUUAUUGUUGAAUAGCUCAAGAUGUCAGUUUUAACCACAGAAUUGACUACUGGGCAAGGAAACAUAAUUUGAAUUAUAAAAUUCUUGCUUUAAUAAAAACUUACACAGUGAAAAAAUAUCAGAAAUUAUUUAGGUAGGGAUAAUGUGCUCUAUCAUUUUCUUUGUAUUUCUCUAUAUUAAAUUAUAUGUUAGAAUAAAGAACAACUAGAUGACUUAA